AUGACAUUGCUUAGUCUCUUUCUUCCCCUCGCUGUCUUUUUCUCCCUCCCCCACUUCGCUGUCUUUUUCUCCCUCCCCCACUUCGCUGUCUUUUUUUUCCCUCCCCACUUCUGCUGUCUUUUUUCUCCUCCCCACUUCGCUGUCUUUUUUCUCCCCCCCACUUCGCUGUCUUUUCUCCCUCCCCCACUUCGCUGUCUUUUUCUCCUCCCCACUUCGCUGUCUUUUUUCUCCCUCCCCCACUUCGCUGUCUUUUUCUCCUCCCCACUUCGCUGUUUUUUUCUCCCUCCCCCACUUCGCUGUCUUUUCUCCCUCCCCACUUCUUGGCUGUCUUUUUCUCCCUCCCCCACUUCGCUGUCUUUUCUCCCUCCCCCACUUGCUGUCUUUUUCUCCUCCCCACUUCGCUGUCUUUUCUCCCUCCCCCACUUCGCUGUCUUUUUCCCUCCCCACUUUCUGUCUUUUGUCCCUUUUUUCUCCUCCUCCCCCACUUCGCUGUCUUUUUCCUCCCCCCCCUGUCUUUUUUUUCCCUCCCCACUUCGCUGUCUUUUUUUCUCCCUCCCCCACUUCGCUGUCUUUUUUUUUUUCUCUGUCUUUUCUCUCCCCCCACUUCGCUGUCUUUUUUUCCCCCCCACUUCGCUGUCUUUUUCUCCCUCCCCCACUUCGCUGUCUUUUUCUCCCUCCCCCACUUCGCUGUCUUUUUCUCCCUCCCCCACUUCGCUGUCUUUUCUCCUCCCCACUUUGCUGUCUUUUUUCUCCCUCCCCCACUUCGCUGUCUUUUUCUCCCUCCCCACUUCGCUGUCUUUUUUCUCCCUCCCCACUUCGCUGUCUUUUUUCUCCCUCCCCUUCCCCUGUCUUUUUCUCCCUCCCCACUUCGCUGUCUUUUCUUUUUCCCUCCCCACUUCGCUGUCUUUUUUCUCCUCCCCCACUUCGCUGUCUUUUUCUCCUCCCCCCCCCCUGUCUUUUCCCUCCCCCACUUCACUGUUUUUCUCCCUCCCCCCACUUCGCUGUCUUUUCUCCCUCCCCCACUUCGCUGUCUUUUCUCCCCCCCCUCUUGCUGUCUUCCCCCCUCUUCCUGUCUUCCCCCCCCCUCGCUGUCUUUUUCUCCCCCUUUAUCAGACACCAAGGUGA